AUUUUCUCUUUUUUGUUAGACUUGCAGUGCAGGCCAUGAGAAACCUCCAUCCAGACGUGGUAGCAGCCAUCAAUGCUAAGGCACUCUACAGUAAAGAAGAGGAGAGUCUCCUGGCUAAAGUCACUUCAACGAGCCAGCCGACAGUAGACAUAUUUGCGGACCUCCUACAGAAACAUCCUGACGUGUUUCACCUCAGCAGAACUCCCAAGGUGCUCCACACACACUGGCUCCAGAUGAAACAGUACCACUUAUUGGCUGAUCAAACAGUUCAGCCCCUGCCCCGUGGGGACCACAUCCUCAACUUCUCCGAUGCUGAGGACAUGAUCAACGACGAGGAACUCAAGGAAACGAAAGACGAAGUUCUGGAACACGAGUUGGCGAUCUCGGACAGGAGACAGAAGAGAGAGAUCAGGUUCUUGGAGCAGGAGAUUCCCAAAUGGCAGGUGUUGGUGGAUGCUGUCACAGGUAUCAGCCCACCAGACUUUGACAACCAGACAUUGGCUGUCCUGAGAGGCAGACUGGUACGAUACCUCAUGAGGUCACGAGAGAUAACACUAGGAAGAUCCACAAAAGACAACACCAUAGACGUCGACCUGUCACUAGAGGGCCCGGCCUGGAAGAUCUCCAGAAGACAGGGUGUCAUCAAACUAAAGAACAACGGGGAUUUCUUCAUCAUGAACGAGGGAAAACGGCCCAUCUAUAUCGAUGGGAAACCUGUUCUUAACGGGCAGAAGUGGAAACUCAACAAUAACUCUGUAGUAGAGAUUUCAUGUUUGCGGUUCAUCUUCUUGAUCAACCAAGACUUGAUCAACGUGAUCCGAGCAGAGGCUGCCAAAAUGGCCCAGUGACAGAACACGACACAACAGCAGUGUCCUGUUGUAUAUAGAUCUAAACAGCCUGACUGUAUAUAGUAGAAUGUAGCCCCAUCUUGUGAAAUGCUAUUUUUUGUAUUUAACAUAUACCAGUAAGAAUGGCAAAAAGAUAAGUACAGUAUUCCUUGAAAUUUUAUGUCUUCAUGGGAGAAGUAUGAAAUUAUGUCAGAUGAUGUAGUUCUGUAUGUAUUUAUAUACAUAUGUACAUUGUUCUGAGUAUUGUUGGAGUUUGUCUUUUGUUGUUCAGGGUCUGUUGCUUAACAGAAAUGUAUUGUUUUCAAGGAAAUAAAGCAGAGAUUCAAUCUUUGAAAACCCUAAACUUGCAGUUGUU